AUGAUUGAAUCGGAAGAAAGUUUCAUUCACUUAGCACUGCAAGCUAGUGAUCCAUUUCAAUUCCUAGCAAAGGUUCUGUCUAAUGAAAGAGUUAGUGAUCUCGAAAGAAUUCGUGGUUUGAAUAGGGUUCCAGCGACUCAAGAUGCAUCUGCUAGUGCUUAUCAAAUCAGGAGUUAUCUUUUGCUUAAUGCUGAAAUGGGUAGGCGAAUGAAUCUUCUUCCACCUCCUGAAAAGAAUCUCGGUUAA